AUGGAGAAUAUUGUGCUGCACCAUACAAAAACAGCUAGCUAUGAAAGCCCGCGCUUGUCAAACAGCUUUAUACUGAGCGGCACUGCAGUAUACAACCAGCGCACGCAUGCACAAAUAACAGAGAAAAUAGAAGAAGAGAUCACCCCAAUUGCAUUCUAUGCAGCUGAAGCAGGAGACGUCUUCAAAGUGGCAACCAAGGAGGGCCACAUCUUUAGAGCUGAGAAGAAAACAAACUACGAGUGGGAGUGUGUUGGCGAAAUGGAAGAGGCUAUUUUAAAUGCGUUUUUUAAUCAAACAACUGGAAAUAUUGUUAUUCUCACGGAAAGCGAGGUCAUCUUGCUUGAUAAAUACUUUAAUCUUGUGAAAAAGGAAGAGUAUAGCGAAGAGCUAAGGGAGCUUAUAGAGAAAGAUCCUCUAAAAGAGGAAAUUUAUGCUGAGUGGUCAAUCGAUGGAAAAUACAUUUUCCUGCUUGUCGCAUCUGUUCUAGCCAUAUACACAUACAAUCUGGAGCCUAUUGCUGACACAAUCACAGUUUGCAACAAGAUUAUGAACAGCCGGCUCAUGCAGACAAAAAAGUAUCUACUAAAUGAAAGUGCAUAUGUGGACAGCAUGAAGAGGGUGUCUGUAGGAAAUGACACAGAAGUUGAGGUAGAAGAUACCCUGGAAAAGAAUAGCGUUGUGUUUGAAAAAAGAUCCAAAUACAAACUAGCCAGCUGGCAUAACCGAUUCUCACUCAUAUAUGCAGUAACAGAUCAGAAUACAAUCCAUAUUUUAGAGAGAAAUGGCCUGAAGUACAAGGAGCUCUUCCACAUUCGGGAGUGUGACAGGAAAGAAGAAAAGAUAGAGAGCAACCAUAUUGUAUCAAUUCGGUCGUACAAUGACUAUAUGUACAUCAUAAACCAAGAAGGCACACAGUUUUAUCUGAAGAUAUACUAUAUUAAAAACAACUGUCUAUACUUGAAAGUGAACCAAAACAUUGCACAGAUGGGUAGAGAAGAGGGAGAAGAAUCCCUGCCAAUUACUGCAGUGCAAGAUAUGGUAUUGUCACCGCAGUAUGGGGUAAAUAUUGUUCUAAACGCACACAUUGUAGGAUUUCUACAGACCACAUGUGUCAAUCGAACAGCAAGAGAUGUGAUCGACGUGGACGGUUCAAGACUUAUCAUGUACGAUCUAUCUAAAUGCCCUAUCCCCCCUCCCAUGUAUAGCAGAGAGGUAAAAAUAGAAGGCGUUCCAACUGAUCUGCAUGCCUUCUCUAGUGGGGCAGUGACUUACAAAGUUGAAGCCCAGAAAUAUACCCGAGUGCUAUCAGACAUGGCAGACACUGCAAGUGUUGGGGAGCCAGAGAAUGUAAGAAUUCCAUGUCUGUCUACAGAGCAGAACCCAGAAAUUUGCGAAAAGAUCAGCGCAAUGAGCAUACAUAAGAUGGAGAAUGAAACUGAGCACAGUACAGAAAUCCCAGCUGUAUUAGACAACACUAAGAUGUCUCUGUGCGGGCGCACUGUGCUGCUUACUCUCAAUAGAGAAAGCAUGUCACUGACUAUACAGUGCAACGGUACUAUUGCCAGAGUAGAGGGCGUUACUUCCAUUGCCCCAGUCACCACAGACCAAGACUAUUUGCUCGUCUCUGCUAAGGUACAGGCAUGGACAGAGAUAUACCGAGUGUCAAUUGCCUCAAAUGAUGCAGAUGAGAUAGCAGUAUGCCAAGAGAGAGUAGCUCGGACAGGAAAGGACAGCAGAAUAGUUUUUGUCUCAGAAAUUGCUGUUAUAGCAAUAGAUGUAUAUGGCAUGCUUGAAACCUUCUACCUUGGCUUUUUACUGGAGAAUAAAAUAGAUAAACUUGUGCGCGCUGGAGAGCUGGCAAAGUCUGCUUCGCUGGCCAAGAAGCACGGGCUAUCAAUAGUCAGAUAUCUGGAUGCCAUCUCUCAGAACCUUCUUCAAAACAGGAUAGACGCCCGCACUCUGCUUCAAAUAGCCACACUUCUUUUCAGUGAAGAAAACGAUAAAGCACACCAUGUAGUUAGCCUAAUAGAGCAGUAUGCUGUCAAAAAAAUCAAUUCUAUGCUACUCCAAACAGCAGAGAAAAAUUACAAUGCUUGCUCUUUAGAUGCAGACGUUUAUGCAUGGUGCAGCAUUGCAGUGGAAAUAUAUACAUUUAAGCGCUCUCCAGAGCUUAUUGUCAGACUUGCUGAAAAGUUUACCUCUAAGGAAAUAAUUUCCCCAAAGCACUUUUCAACCACAGAGAAGCACGCGAUUCCAAAACGCAUUAUAGAAAAGUGCAUAGGUGCAAUCUCUCCAGCGGUUCUUCUCCAGUGCUCUUUAAAUGUGUACGCAUAUACCCUGUGCUAUAUUAUUAUGCAGGCGACUGAUACCCCAACCGACGAGACAAAUGACAUUCUCUUAGUUGGUUCCUCUGAUAGAAUAGAUCCAUUUAAUUCCUAUGAAGAAACAAAAAGAAGACUUAAAAUUGCAAGAGUGGCUAAAGACAAAAGAAAACAAACUCUUUACAUGAUAAAGCAGCAUAUUUUAGAGAGAGAGAACACAGGCGGGUCUCUAUGUCUCUCUGCAACUCAGAAUCUUAAGCUAAGCAUUGAAAAGGAAUGCAUCAGAGACUUUUAUCUGUACCUGCUGGAUAUGGAUAGUCUGUGCGCUGACGAAGUCACUCCAGAAGAGAUAGAGUCCUCUUCUUUUGUGGACACAGUGCAGUCCUUACUCCUUUUAUCAGGCGAUGCCUUAGUCAAAGAAGGUGAUCAUGCGCAGGCACUCAAUUGCUAUGCGCAAUCUGGAAGAGAGGCCCUCGAGAAAGUAUGCAAUUUGCAAAUGAAACUGGGUCUUUGGAGAGAGUUUUUCUCGGCACCAGGCAGUCAAACUCCACAGAACAUUCAGAAAAUGGAAGAGGUUCUUGUCUUACAGAAGAACAUUCUGUCUGCUGCAGAGCUAAACUUGGAAAUAGGCUCUGUUUCUAAGGGCUUGAGGUAUCUUAUAGACAUUGAGGAGUAUGAAAAGGUCUUGGCAUAUAUACAAGGCCAGUCAGAGCCGGCUACAUGUAUUCUUGACUCUCUUCUGCAGAAAGCAAGAGCAUAUUCACAUAGUGUGCAGAAUACAACAGAGCAGUAUUCACAAAACACCAUGCGGUUGGUCUCUGUACGAGAGAGAAAAGAUAGGGAAAGAGAAGAAAUACACAAUGGUAUGUUUGCUGACGAUGAUUGUGACACCACAUACACUCGAUCAUUUAUCACAAACACGUUUUUAUCCAGCAACACAAGCAAUGCAAAGAAAAAGAAGAGAAGUUCAAAGCUUAGAAACACAGUGGGAGGAAGAUAUGAAGAAGAAUACGUGCAAUAUGUAUUAAGCGAGCUAAUUUUAAAAACUAAAGCUCAAAUGGCCUGCAUGCAGCACAUUGCAAGCAUACUUAAAGAUAUUCAAGAAAAAUGCGCUGUAAGCACAAACUAUGCAACAGAAGCAAUUAGAGGUCAGAUUCAGGAUAACACAAGAGAAGUAGAAAGCUACAGAAACAAUCUUAGAGCAUUCUAUGAUAUAAUGCAGAAAACAAAGGAAACUGACUUUGUCUCUAAAAACACAGAGGACGAUCUUUUAUAUGAUCCAGAUCGGCCCAUAAUAGAAGAUCCCUGCACAAUGGAUAUUCAUGUAUAUCUUUCUGCAAUAGAUCACUAG